GUUCAUGUCAUUAGGCUGCAAGGCUCCAAGACGGAAAAUGAGGCGCUGUUCCUCCGGUUUGCGCUUGUUCUCCCGGCAGUGGGGGCGGCCGAGAGCUGCCCAUCAGCGAUGGGUGGGGUGAUGGUGACACCCAGUUGGAGUCGUUUCAGCCUCCAGACUGCAGGGUCGAGGCCGACAGACGCAGACAGACCAGUCCCCGUUUCCUGGCUGGGGACCGCACUGGGCCGAGAUAAGCAGCAAAACUGCGCGUCAGCGGCCGCCGGGGGAGGACAGAGGGAGCGAGAGCCGCUGAUCCUCCGAGCUGCGAUGGAGGCGUCCGGACCCGCCGCCCCGCUCAUCCUCCUGGCGCUGAUUCUCCCCGGCAUCUCGGCGGGCCGCUGUAACAUGACCGGGAUCUGGUGGAACGACCUGGGCUCCUCCUUCUACCUGAGCGAGGCCGAGAACCUGACGCUGAGCGGCCGCUACCGGACGGCGGUGGAGGCGGCGGCCGGAGAGGCGGGAGCCGACCGACAGGCGCCGGUGGUCGGCAUCAGGCACGGCGGCAGGGAGCCGACCUUCACCAUGUCCACGGCGUGGGCUGGGGGCUCCAUUACAUCCUGGGUCGGUCAGUGUCUCAUCCUGGAGGACGGGCACCAGAUUCUGAAGACCAUGUGGCUGUUGAGAUCUCCAGUUGCCAGCCUACAAGAUGACUGGAAAUCGACACGAAUCGGACAAGACACUUUUCACCAAACCGCAAGGGAUGUCCUGUCAAAGAAUCGACUUUAAUCUCUCAAACCUUAGCACUGACACAUCAAAGUCAUGACCUGCAGAUGCAAUUUUCAAUAAAGCAAAGUUAGAAGUG